UAUCUUAACUCAAAUAACUAAACUGUUAUUUUCUGACACUGUUGUUUGAUUAGUGUAGUAUCUCGACAUCCAUUUUUGUCUAGUUGCACCAUCUCACAAAAAGUAUCAGUAUCUAUGACAGUGAUUUAAACUGUGAUUCUGAUGUACCUUUUUGAAACCUUAAAUAAUUGUGUAUGAUCUGAAAGAUUUUCUGAAGACAUUUUUUUUUAGCCUUAAAACCGAAUCAGGCUUAUCAAAUAAGUUGUGUGUACUUAGGCCUACAGAAAAAUCUGCACUUGCAAUGUUUGCAUACUAAAAGUGAAAAAUUGGCACGUUUUACCUACGUGAGUAAAGGGGCCUUUUCUUUUUACCUUUAAUGCACCCCCACACCCCUAUCCCCUCCCUCUCUUCUCCAAACACCGGAAGCUUCUCAUCCAAAGUAGGAGCGUAGGAGAGAGGGAGAAAGAGGGAAACGCAACUUUCAUUCAAUAGUUCAGUUGUACAGUGGUAUGUUACAAUAGUAUCGAAGGAAUGGCAUGUAAAGACCUUUUUUCUUUGCAUUUUCAAGUCAUAUGAAAUACUGGAAUCGGGCACAAUUUACGUACACGAAUUGCUCGUGCAACAGUCUUAUCGUAACCAGACGACCACUAAACAAAGCAGUCUUUUCUCUUGUCUGACUGAAUAGACUACGUUUUAUUAUUGAGAAGAACUUAAAGUUUAGGUUUUCGCGCUGAAUGCCCUUGGUUUGGUGUCUCGUUUUCUCAUGCGAAAAAGUUGUGGCUUACUUUAUUGGAGUACUAUCAUGGAGUUACCGUCCAAAGAAAAAUGUUUCACGGAGAGUAACCUGAACUCAGGGAAUAGGCGUAGACAAGGAGUUAAGCCGACAAUACACAUCACCGUCACUCUGUUGCUUAUCUUCACCAAGGUUUUGGCCGUGCAUGCCGCCUCCUUCCACUUCACCAAGGAGCCCAAGUCCCAAGACGCCUCGCACGGCCGGAGUGCCAUGCUACGCUGCGAGGUCAGCGAGGCGGAGGGUGUGAGCUACAGCUGGCUGCAGGACGGCGCCACGGUGAAUGACACCGAGCGGCGCUUUCGGGAGGGCGGGAACCUGAAGUUUACAGCUGUGGACAGGAUGCUCGACAGUGGGACGUUCCAGUGCCUAGCUACCGACGAUGCCGCCGGCCAUGUGGAGCGCUCCACGGAAGCGUCCUUCAACAUCAAAUGGCUGGAGAGUGGUGGGGUGACCCUGAAGGCUCCUGCAUCAGUGCAGAACAUUGAGAGCUCAUCUCCGGUGACGCUCAGGUGCAACAUCGACGGACACCCACGUCCAACAUGCCACUGGUACAGAGACGGGGUGCGCCUGCCAGAAAAGAGCCACCAGAUCAACAACAAGGAACGAACUCUGACCUUGCCCAGUGUCAGCCCCGACAACAAUGGCAACUACUACUGCUGUGCCAAAAACGCUGCCGGGCACGUGUGCAGCAAUGCGAACUUCACCCUUAACAUCACAGAUAAGAGCUAUCCCCGUCCCUUGGUGGUUCCAGAAGACCUAGUGGUGAUGAGGAACGAGGAGGCCCUCCUACACUGCAUGUUCACUGGCGAGCCCCAACCCACCCAGGAGUGGUACCACCAGGAGGAGCUCAUCUCCAACAAGUCCCGGACUGUUCUGUUAGCCAACGGCUCCCUGCUCAUCACCCAGGUGAAGCCCAGAAACACUGGAACCUAUAAAUGUGUGGGCAAAUCGCUCCGUGGAUCCUCUGUCACUCUGGAAGCCACAGUGUACUUAGCAGAAAUCGAUGAGAUGGGCCCCAGCCUGACCCGGGUGUUCCCGGCUAACUCCCUGGAGCGGGUGUCCUGUAGCCCUCCUCGUGGCCAUCCUAUGCCUGAGGUGUGGUGGGAGCGGGCUGGACAGCGCUUUCCCUCUGAGGGCAGGGUAUACCAGGACCAACUGGACCUAGUAUUUAUGCCCACCCAGGGGGAGGACUCAGGACUUUAUACCUGUGUGGCACAGAACAAGGCGGGUAAAAGGAGACAGGACCUGACCAUCACCGUUGCCACCACUCCAAAGUGGGUGACAAAGCCAGAGGACAGCUACCUGGAAGAAGGCCUUCCUGGCUAUCUCCACUGCCACACCCAUGCCACACCCCAGCCCGAAGUUACUUGGUUCCGCAACUCCAUCCCCAUCACUGCUGAGGACAUCCGCUUCAAGCUGUUCCCUAAUGGGACCCUGAGGAUCAACAAUGUGGAGGUGUAUGAUAGCCACUUCUACAGUUGUCAUAGCCAGACACAGGCCGGAAGGGUGGAAGCCCGCGCCAAGGUGUCCGUACUGGAGAAGCUGAAGUUCACCCCAACCCCCCAGCCCUCCCAGUGUCUGGAGUUGGACAAGGAGAGUACUGUGCAGUGCUCGGCCAAGGGCCGCGAGCCCCCCAACAUUCAGUGGGCUAAAGCUGAUGGCGGCGACCUCCCUGAGCAUGUAAACCAGACUGCAGGUUUGCUCCACUUCUCCAGGGUGACGAGGGACGAUGCUGGCAACUACACCUGUGUGGCCUCCAACAGCCUACAGGGCCGAAUCACAGCCCCUGUGCAGCUCACCGUAGCAGUUUAUAUAACCUUUAACCUGGAACCGGAGCACACCACCGUGUACCAGGGCCACACCGCCAUCCUACACUGCCAGGCCACCGGUGACCCCGAGCCCUUUAUCCAGUGGAAGAAGAAAGACAAGUUCCUGGAGCCUCGCAAGAGCAGGUUUCAGAAGAUGCCCAACGGUUCCCUCAUCAUCCAUGACGUGAGCACGGAGGACACAGGAAGCUACACGUGUAUCGCUGGCAACAGCUGCAACAUUGGCCACACGUCCGCGGAGCUCUACGUCGUGGAGAAACCUGCUCAUCACCCAUUGGAGGAGGAGGAAAAGGCACCCUAUAAGAUGAUCCAGACCAUUGGCCUGUCCGUGGGCGCCGCCGUGGCCUAUAUCAUCAUCGUCCUGGGCCUGAUGUUUUACUGCAAGAAGAGACGCAAUGCCAAGAGACUCAACAAAGGACCUGAGGGGGAGGAGGCCGAAACUGAGCGCCUCAACGGGGGCACGGCGCAGCCUAAUGGACAGGCCACGGCUGAGAUCCCGGAGGAGGUGGCACUCACCAAUAUGGGCACCACGGCCAGCAGUGCCCACAGCAAGCGCAACAGCAGCCUGGACAGAGGGCUGUACCCCCGUGCCAACUUGACCACCAUCACUGCCCUGGGGAGAGGUGAGUUUGGUGAAGUGUUCCUGGCCAAAGCUAAGGGCUUGGUGUCGCCCGGCGGAAGAGGUGGCAGUGAGGACGAGGAGGAGACAUUGGUGCUGGUGAAGAGUCUGCAAACUCGGGAUGAGACAUUGCAGCUAGAGUUCCGCCGUGAGGCGGAAAUGUUUGGCAAGCUCAGCCACCCCAACCUAGUGCGCCUAUUGGGCAUGUGCAGAGAGGCGGAGCCCCACUAUCUCAUACUGGAGUACGCCGAAAUGGAGGACUUGAAACAAUAUCUCAAGAUGUCCAAGAAUAAGGAGGAGAAACCCAAGUCCCAUCACCUCAGCACAAAGCAGAAGGUCGGGGUGUGUCUUCAGGUUGCCCGAGGUAUGGAGCAUUUGUCUAAUCAGCGAUUUGUCCACAAGGACUUGGCCACUCGCAACUGUCUGAUCAGCGCCAAGAGACACGUCAAGGUCUCCGCCUUGGGGCUCAGCAAAGACGUCUACAACGAGGAGUACUACCACUACCGGCAGGCCUGGAUCCCCCUGCGCUGGCUGCCCAGCGAGGCAGUGCUCGAGGACGACUACUCCACCAAAACGGACGUUUGGUCCUUUGGCGUGCUCAUGUGGGAGGUGUUCAGCCUUGGCGAGCUGCCUCACGCCUCGCUUGACCACGACCAGGUCCUCGAAGAGCUGAUGGAGGGCAAAGGGAAGCUAUCGCUGCCACAGGGCUGUCCCUCCCGGGUAUACAAGCUGAUGACGCGCUGCUGGGCCUCCAGCCCCAAGGACCGCUCCUGCUUCAGUGACAUCGUGUCCGCCCUUAGCGAGUUACCCUCCGAGAGCAAGGUGUAGCCCACCCACUGCCAUGGUAGACAGUCUGUGUGUUUGCAAGGGUGUGAAUGGGUUAAGGAAUAGUUAGAUGUAACAAAUGUGCAAAUGUUGUGGUUUUUUUCUUCAGAAAAUCUGUUUGUGUCUGUAUGGAAGGUUGUAACGUGCUAUAGGAGCAUAUUGUGUGAUUUAAGUCGAUUCAAUCAGUGUGCAUGUAAAGGACACAUGCAUUUUGUUGUGCGUGCGUGUGUAUGUGCGCAUGUAUUGGCCUUUUGAGUAUGUCUCACACUCAAGGACCAUCAUACAAGGCCUUGUUGGUAGCUUCAGCAGGAGCGGAGAGAGAGAACUUUUCUCUUUUUUUUUUUU